GCCCAGAGAGACGCAAUGGCGGCGCCCACCUCCUCCGCGGCCUCCACCCGAACCUUCUCCCACCCCAAAACCCUAGCCGCCGCCGCCGCCCCCACCCUCUCCGCCGCCGGCUCCGUCGCCUUCCCCGCCACCCACCCCUCAUGCGCCCUCGCCACCUCCACCCGCCGCCGAGCGGUCGCGGCCAUGGUCGCCGCCCCGGCCAAGGUCGGGGCCGCCAUGCCGUCCCUUGACUUCGACACCGCGGUGUUCAACAAGGAGAAGGUCUCCCUCGCCGGCCACGAGGAGUACAUCGUGAGGGGUGGGCGGAACCUCUUCCCGCUGCUCCCGGAGGCGUUCAAGGGCGUCAAGCAGAUCGGAGUCAUCGGGUGGGGCUCUCAGGGUCCGGCACAGGCCCAGAACCUCAGGGAUUCUUUGACGGAAGCCAAGUCUGACAUCGUUGUCAAGAUUGGUCUCCGGAAAGGUUCCAAGUCUUUUGAGGAGGCACGUGCAGCUGGCUUCACUGAGGAGAACGGAACCUUGGGGGAUAUAUGGGAGACGGUUUCAGGCAGUGACCUUGUGCUGCUGCUCAUAUCUGAUUCUGCACAGGCAGACAACUACGAGAAAAUCUUCUCUCACAUGAAACCAAACAGUAUUCUUGGUUUAUCCCACGGGUUUCUCCUUGGACAUUUGCAAUCAGCUGGCCUUGAUUUCCCCAAGAACAUCAGUGUGGUUGCUGUAUGCCCCAAGGGAAUGGGCCCAUCAGUGCGGAGACUUUAUGUUCAGGGCAAAGAAGUAAAUGGUGCUGGCAUCAACGCUAGCUUUGCUGUUCACCAGGAUGUUGACGGAAGGGCAACUGAUGUUGCUCUAGGAUGGUCAGUUGCACUGGGAUCCCCAUUCACAUUUGCUACUACUCUAGAACAGGAGUACAAGAGUGAUAUCUUUGGGGAGCGAGGAAUUUUGCUCGGUGCUGUCCAUGGCAUCGUGGAGGCUCUCUUUAGGAGAUACACAGAGCAAGGAAUGGACGAGGAAUUGGCAUACAAAACCACUGUAGAGGGCAUCACUGGAAUUAUCUCAAAAACCAUCUCAAAGAAGGGUAUGCUUGAAGUGUACAACUCCUUGAGCGAGGAAGGCAAAAAGGAGUUCAACAAGGCCUACAGUGCAUCAUUUUAUCCUUGCAUGGAUAUCCUCUACGAGUGCUAUGAAGAUGUUGCCUCUGGAAGUGAAAUCAGGAGUGUUGUGUUGGCCGGACGGAGGUUUUAUGAUAAGGAAGGUCUUCCUGCUUUCCCUAUGGGCAAAAUUGACCAAACCCGUAUGUGGAAGGUUGGUGAAAAGGUGCGGGCAACCCGGCCACAGGGUGACCUUGGGCCACUUCACCCCUUCACCGCUGGAGUUUAUGUUGCACUCAUGAUGGCCCAGAUCGAGGUCCUCAGGAAGAAGGGCCACUCCUACUCUGAGAUCAUCAACGAGAGUGUGAUUGAGUCGGUAGACUCCCUAAACCCCUUCAUGCACGCGAGUGGAGUGGCCUUCAUGGUCGACAACUGCUCCACCACCGCCCGGCUGGGAUCAAGGAAGUGGGCGCCACGCUUCGACUACAUCCUGACCCAGCAGGCUUUCGUGACUGUUGACAAGAAUGCGCCCAUCAACCAGGAUCUCAUCAGCAACUUCUUUUCGGACCCUGUCCACGGUGCCAUCAAGGUCUGCGCCGAGCUGAGGCCGACCGUUGACAUCUCGGUGACGGCCGACGCUGACUUCGUGCGCCCCGAGCUCAGGCAGUCUGCCUAGGUGGCCGCGGGCUGAAGGAAGAGUUGUUUUUUGAUGGGAUAUGUUCAUGGACUGUAACUUAUGUGUGCGGAUCAAAUGUGAACUUGUGAGCUGCUGUGAGAUUAGAGAGAGCCCAUGAUUGGGCUGGAGUGAACUGUCGUCAUUUCAAGAAUAAAGUUAGUUCGUCCUGUUA